UUCGAGCUAAACGAGGGUUUUGUGUGGAGCUCUGCUUCUCUGUAGGACGGUGAUGAGGAGCGGCAGUGCGGGAGCAGUGGGGCCCCGGUUAACCCGCCCUCCUCCCGCGCUUGGCCCGCCUCCUCAGUCUCACACACACCGUGCUGCCGAGUCUCUCCGAGAAGAACCGGCGGGCAGGGCAGGCACAGGACAGGCCCCGGGCCGGGGAUCCCAGAACCCGCUAACAACAUGACUGUGUCAUGACAUGAUGAGGAGCAAACUGAGCGCUGGCUGUAGAUCCGUUCAGCGCGGACGUGCAGCCUCAGCGGUGACAAACAGCAUGUUUAAUGCUACAAGAAAGAAGUUCUUAGAGGGGGGCGAAAGUGACUACACCGAUGAAAGCAUGUACUACAGCCAGAAUUCGAUGUUCCCACAUCGAUCGGAGAAAGACAUGCUGGCAUCUCAGUCACCAUCAUCUUCAGGUCAGCUGUCUCAGCUUGGUGCAAGUUUGUAUGGGCAGCAAAGUGGACUUGGUUUUGCAAUGCGGGGCAUGAGCAACAACAACCCCCAGCUGAACCGAAGCUUAACGCAAGGCGGUCAGCUACCGAGCCACGUGACACCCACGACAGGCAUGCCCACCAUGUCACUUCAUACUCCGCCCUCACCCAGCAGGGGUAUUCUGCCUAUGAAUACGAGGAACAUGAUGAAUCACUCCCAGGUGGGGCAGGGCAUUGGCAUCACAGGCAGGACCAACAGCAUGGGCAGCUCAGGGCUGGGCAGUCCCAACAGGAGCUCACCCAGUAUAAUAUGCAUGCCAAAGCAGCCGGCAUCUCGGCAGCCUUUCACCAUCAACAGCAUGUCCGGAUUCGGGAUGAACAGGAAUCAGGCAUUUGGGAUGAACAACUCUAUAUCCAGCAACAUCUUCAAUGGCACAGACGGCAGCGAAAAUGUAACAGGCCUUGACCUGUCGGACUUUCCUGCCCUUGCGGACAGAAGUCGGAGGGAAGGAGGUGGAAACCCAACGCCGCUGUUAAACCCUCUAGCUGGGAGGGCUCCGUAUGUUGGUAUGGUCACAAAGCCAUCAAAUGAACAGUCCCAAGACUUCUCCAUCCACAACGAGGACUUCCCUGCAUUGCCAGGGCCCAACUACAAGGACCCCACGUUGAAUAAUGAUGACAGCAAGUCGAAUUUAAACUCAUCAGGUAAGAACUCCUCCAGCACAGAUGGGCCCAAAUUCCCUGGAGACAAGAGCUCAACAGUGCAGAACAACAACCAGCAGAAGAAAGGGAUCCAGGUGUUGCCUGACGGUCGGGUGACAAACAUUCCCUCAGGGAUGGUAACGGACCAGUUUGGGAUGAUUGGGUUGCUAACGUUCAUCCGGGCGGCGGAGACAGAUCCAGGCAUGGUGCACUUGGCCUUGGGAAGCGACUUGACAACUCUAGGGCUCAACCUCAAUUCCCCAGAGAAUCUGUAUCCCAAAUUUGCCUCUCCUUGGGCAUCAGCACCUUGUCGACCUCAAGACAUUGACUUCCAUGUUCCAUCUGAGUAUUUAACAAACAUUCACAUAAGGGACAAGCUGGCUGCAAUAAAACUGUCACGGUACGGCGAGGACCUGCUCUUCUACCUGUACUACAUGAAUGGAGGAGACCUGCUGCAGCUUCUCGCAGCAGUAGAGCUCUUUAAUCGGGACUGGAGGUACCACAAGGAGGAACGAGUCUGGAUUACACGAGCACCUGGCAUGGAGCCCACAUUAAAGACCAACACCUACGAGCGGGGGACGUAUUACUUCUUUGAUUGUCUUAACUGGAGAAAGGUAGCGAAGGAGUUCCACUUGGAGUAUGACAAGUUGGAGGAGCGACCGCAUGUCCCAUCGACCUUCAACUACAACCCAGCCCAGCAAGCCUUCUGAGAGACCUCCCUGUGUACAGGGCUUACAGGGCUCAGGCAUCCAGGCUUUUAUUCCUCCAGGAUCUGGAAAUGGACAUGGAUGGGAGGGUCACCACUUUGAGGGAGGCUCUGCCUUACAGAUUACGUGCUGCCCAAACGCCAAGGCUUGUUUCGUUUUUAUUCUUUACAUUUUUGUUCAUUCUCUUUCAACAGAGUCUGAAUUGUGUUUAUGCCUCAUUUCAGACACAUGUCUGGUCAAAAGCAGGAAAUGCAGAAGACACAAACAGUGAAAUUUUCCAAAGUCCUCAAAAAUAAAACGAGGCUAAAACAAAGUGAAACAAAAUAUGGACAGCUCAACAAAAUAGGGGAAAAUGCAAUGUUUGUUGUAGCAUUAUUUGGUAACAGAAGAACACCUUGUUAGUGGGUUUUAUAUGUGAAGACACAUUCUUGUUUUGUUUGGGGAAAAUAAGCAACCUGUAAACACUCUCUUGCUUUUCCAUCUCCUUUUGCUUUCUCCUAUACAUUCCCUGCACCUGCCACAACAGUCACCCAUCUUUUCUUGAUGGGUGUUUUUCUGCCUGCACUCAAAAAAAAAAAAGACUGUUUUAGUGAAGGUUAUUGCCACAACCUGUGGACAGUCUUCUCCUGGGGUUGUGAAAUUAGACCGUCAUUGUCCCAGAAUGAGCGAAACACUGUCCAGUCUUUGUUACAAUUUUGUAAUAAAUGUGUACAUUUUUUUUUAAUUUUUGGACAUCACAUAAAUAAAGAUAUGUAUGUAUGACUGUGUAUAUAUUAUAUAUAUGACAUCUAUUUUGGAGAAAAAGAAACCAAUAUCCUGCCAUACCUCGUUUUUCGGAGGUGAGCAUGGAUGCAAUACUUGGAUUAAAAACAGGACAUUUUGGAGAUGCUGCACAGGGGAAGAUGCCAGUUGCCCUGUGCACUUACAAUUUAAACAACCUAAAGAUGACGAAUGAAGGGGCAGAUUCUUGACCGAAGUGAAGGACAUCGGUACCCAAGAGAAACAAGCCAGGAUUUGAGAAAGUGGACUAAAGCAUUUCACUCUGGCUGUUUGAAUGGCAGCAUUUCAUAGGAAAAGAAAAAGCCAAUAAAAAAAAAAAAAGUCUAAAAGAUCAAUCUUGUAUUUUCUGACCACAUUCAAGCUUCUUCUCUUUGUAAUAAAGCAGAAAGGCUC